GGUGGUCCCAGGCGGUUGGCGAAUUCAGAACUGUUUUUAGGGGGGUUCAAUUGCAGGUUGAUGACUGAUGGGAUUGGCACGUUGAGGCCGUCAGCCUGCCUUGACCGUGUUGACAACAAUCACAAGCCAAACAAACUGGAACUGCCUUACAUGUAAGUUUGAGUUUCCCUAUCCAAACUGGAACCUACCACCAGACCUCAACUUGGGGUCCAGCUGCGUCACCCGCCAUCUGCAGGGGCCAACAGACCAGGCUGGAAACAAACUCACUUCGAAUGGUUCAUAGACAGAUUGAUUGAUUCGGUACCGUUGUUGGCUGUCGACUGCCUGUCCGAUUCACCCUUUCCCGCUCGUCUGUUUUAGUCCACCGCCGCAGCAGCACAGGUGAAUUGGACGAAGCAAGGCCGCCAAGGACGUGUGGCGGGCCUUCGCCUUUGGCCAGCCGGAAUUCAAUUUGGUUUCUUGACCUGCAUCUCGCCUUGAUGCUGGCGCCGUGCGAGCAGCUCCAGCAGCUCCAGCCGUCGCUUUUCCGCCCUUGCCUCGCACGCCUGCGCUCUUUGGCCACCAAACCCGAGCCCAUCGGCGACUAGGCUCAGGAAGGGGCAGCCGUUCAUUGCGCCUGACUGCUUCCGUCCCUCCAAUCAACGGCCCCCGUUUAGUGCCCUCGGUCCUCGUCGCGCUCUUCCCCCUAGCCGGAAAGCGUCCGCCCGCCGGGACCCCCCCUCUUUGCAAUCACCGCCCUCCCAACCCGCCCCCACUCACUACCAAAAGAGGACCCCGGGGGGCCUCGCGCACCAGAAAAUGGGCAAUCAAAGCUCAGCCCAGCGACCGCCUGCGGCAUCGGCCCCGUCCUCGUCCGCCUCGGCUGCUGCCUCGACCAACACGUCCAACCCGAGCAGCGAAGCCCCGACGAGGUCCCAUUCGAGGCGCGAUUCCAAGCAUCCCAUUCCCGUCCACAGCCAGCGCGUCGUCGUCCCGCCCGAGCCGUCGCUAGCCCAGGCCCAAGGCUCCACCACGCCUGCCGCUCGCGCCCUCCACAAGCCGUCGCAAUCCCAAUCCUCCCUCCCGCCACAGCCCAUCGCCGUCCCGUCGCCGUCCUCGAGCCUGUCGCGCACCCCCGAGCCCUCGGCGGCGUCCAGGCCCGCUCAACAGCCCCCGCUACAGCCCGCGCCUGCCGCCACCGUCGCCGCCUUCUUGGACGAACCGACCAGGCCCGUCGCGGUGCCCAUACCGUCGCAGAACAACCACCACCAUCAUCGGUCACUGCCGUCCGAAUCACCAGGCGACACAGGCAAGAGAGGAGCUGGCAGUCUAGAGACCCCUGACACGGCGUCCGUGAUGAUGGCGACAAGCAGCAUUCAGGACAUAUCGUACCUGACCCGUCCACCUAGGCUACCACUGCCCAUCGAGGAGGAGAUCCACACGCCCGGCUCUCCCAUAAUCUCAGCCGAUGACAUCCCCCUGGGCUCCCCGGUCGGUAAUGUCGAUGCGCUCGACUCGGACGAGACACUCAACCGCAAGUCAUCGGCCCUCAGCGCCAACACUUUCAUGGAGGAUGAGCCCGAGGAUGAGCUCAGGGUCGACAAGACGAGGCCAACGGUGCCCUUCACUCUCGAGUGGCCCGGCGGCGGCGACAAGAUUUACGUCACCGGCACCAUCUUCCAGUGGAACCGCAAGCAUCGGCUCUAUCCAGUUGAGGGCAAGCCAGGAGUGUUCGCCGCGACCAUGAACAUCUUGCCGGGAACACACCAUGUCAGGUUCCUCGUCGAUGGCCAGAUGCAGACGUCGCCAGACCUGCCUACCACGGUUGACUUUGGAAACAAUCUUGUCAACUACAUCGAAGUAAAAGCGGUCGAUGCUACUGCCGGGGCGCCAAGUGCGGAUGCGGCCGAGAAGAAGGGGUCUCAGCAAGACUUCUCAGCUUCAAGAGGUGGCUCCCUGAUCGACGAGAAGACGAUCAGAUACAAGGAGGUCGACCCGAUAGAGAGUUUCGAGUACGACAUCCCCCAGUACCUCAUCGACUUUGACCAGCCCGAAGAGUCAGAGCCGUACCAUCGCUCUGUCAACGCCAUCGAGAAGCUACCCACGCCGCCAAGCCUCCCGGGCUUCCUCGGCAAGCCCAUCUUGAACGCCGCCGUUCUGAUCAAGGACGACAACAGCGUACUCAACAUGCCGAACCACACGGUUCUGAACCACCUGGCGACGAGUAGCAUUAAGAAUAACAUUCUCGCCGUUUCCGCCACCACCAGGUACAAGAGCAAGUAUGUGACGACUAUCGUCUACAAGCCGACAUCGACAGACGGUUGAAAGCCAAACUCACCUCUUCCCUGAUGUUCAACCAAUCUUGCUGUCCGGCCAGCCACCGACCGGCCUGUCCAUGGCUGAAUCCUGUGUCUGGGCGUCCGUUUGACCCCGGUAUGGGUGGGCGCUCUCAGUGCUCUUGCAGCCCUUCCGAGUGGGCGAAACAUAGCUUUUGCUAGGUGUAAUAUUCCUUGUGUAUACAGGUCGCCAUUGACACUCGGGUGUCUGGGGCCUGGAUACUCUGCAGCCUUUCCUUUUCUAUCAUGAGCGAGGAGGACUCGGAAGCGCCCACCGCUGUUCCAUGACGUGAAGCUAAUAAUAUGGCCUGUAACGAGCCUGGGCCGAAGCGAUGAGUUUACGGAGGUAUGCGGUGAUUUAUGACGGCUCAGGUACUUGGCGGGUGUUCUGGUAUCUAAGCACGGACUCGGGUAUGGCUGGCAUCUAGACCACCGGCAUGACGAGACGGUAAGAUGGCGGUAACACUGGGAAAUAAAAACCGCUGCACGGCUUAAAUCGAGAUGGGAGGCCAACAAUGCUUUUGCGCUUUGGUAACAUCAUUUUUGGGGAGGUCGCUGUGUGAAGGGAAAGGAUGCAGAG